UGUAACGUGGCUCCCGCUCCUCCUUCACCACGUUAAUCUCUCCUUCUUUCCCGAAAUACCCUUUGCGUGAUGGUCUGUUUAAAUAAGAACAAAACUUGGGUUCCCUGAGCUGUCAUGUUCCCUUGUUAUUAUUACACGACAAGUCAGGCGUGUACUUUUAGAUUCUUGAGGCUAUCUUCUUCUUCCUCGAUUGUUCAUAUAUAUAUAUAUAUAAACUCGUCACAAGGUCGUCUGAUCUUUCUAUUCACAAUCACAGACAACAUCAACUUCUUACUUACUAUACACAAACAGAAAACUCACGACUCACGAGGGGUAUAUAUAAACAAAAAAAAAAGAAUGGGUGCAUGCGUUUCACGUGAAUGUAUGAGGGGAGACACGGCAAAGCUAAUAUCGUUGGACGGGACAUUACAAGAGUUCUCAUAUCCGGUCAAAGUUUGGCAGAUCUUGCAGAAAAACCCGACGAGUUUCGUAUGUAACUCAGACGAAAUGGACAUCGACGAUACAGUUUCAGCAGUAUUCGGCAACGAGGAACUCCGAUUGGGGCAACUUUACUUCGUUUUGCCGCUGACGUGGCUCAGUCAUCCGCUAAGGGCGGAGCAAAUGGCGGCGCUGGCUGUUAAAGCAAGCUCCGCAUUGACCAAGAGCGGCGGAGUCAGUUGCGAUGACUCCAUUUGGGAAAUAGAUUCCCGAUCAAAAAAAGUCGCCGGAGUGAAGACAAAUGGCGGUGGCAAAGGUGGGAAGAGGAGAUUUACUGCGAAUUUGAGCACCAUCGCGGAGUAGGGUCAACUUAGUUGAGUAAACCAAACAAAAAUCGACCGACGUAGAAAAUUGUAACUAGAGUACGUUUGAAUUUUUUUCUAAUGGAGAAAACCAAAAGUAUCCAUUAGUUUUGGUUUUUUUUUUUCGGUAGCUUACAAUUUGAGAAAUGGACACGACGAGGAUAAUGAUGAUAUAAUAUUUGAUGUGAUUCCAAUCUUAAAUCUAAUGCAAUUCUUCCUAAGGCAA